AUUGGUUUAUUAAUUUGAUUUAGUAUUUGUUCCUCCCAGUCUUAGCAGGAGACUUCAAUCCCCCAUUUUCCACACGCUAAACUCGUGCUCGUGCUCCCUACAAAAAUGAAGACUAGGUGUUCGAUGAUAUUUCUUUGCAUACUGGCUUACGCGUAUGUUUCCGUUUCAGAGAAAUUAUCAGCGUAUGACGUUCUUGAGAAAUAUGGCCUUCCGGUGGGUCUUCUUCCCAAAGGUGUGACAGAAUACGAGCUAAACGAAAAAAAUGGCCACUUCACUGCAUAUCUGGAUCAAACAUGCUAUUUCAGCGUACAAUCCUAUGACCUAAAGUACAAGUCCACCAUCAAGGGCGUGAUCUCGAAGGGGAAGUUGUCCAAGCUGAAGGGUGUUAGCGUGAAAGUUGAGGUGUUGUGGAUCCCAAUCACUGAGGUCACUCGCGACGGUGAUGACCUCAAAUUCUCUGCCGGCGUUGCAUCCGCCGGUUUUAGCGCCGACAGCUUUUCGGAGAGCCCUCAGUGUGGAUGUGGAUUCGAUUGUGAGAAUUUCAACCAAAACGGUGACGUUUCUUCUUCUCUAUAGAUUUAAUUGAUAUGUAUCUUCCUUGCAGAAUUGGAUCUGUAGUUGUGUUUUCUUCUGUUCUUAAUUAUUAUCGAUGAUGAUGGUCUUGUUUUUCCUUUGCAUAAAAAAUGAUUAUCUAUGAUGUUUUGCGGGACACGCUAGAAAAGUUUGUGCUAGACAGGUUGCCCUGAGUUUUAGAAAACAACCUAGAUAAAUGGAUAUUCUAGUGCCAUUCUAAAUUUUCCUGUGAAUCUCUUUGCUCCUAUAAAUAUCUUGUUUUAUUGAU